AUCUUUGAUGAUGUUGGCAAAAGUGGCUGUGUUGCACAGCGUAAUUGUCCCUGUAUGCACAAUAACAAAGUGUACCAGUCUGGAGAAUCAUACUCUUCCAGCUGCAGAUCCUGUGUGUGUGAGAGUGGAGAGUGGAAAUGUGAGGAUGAAAGCUGUCCAGGAAUGUGCUCUGUGUUGGGGGGAGCCCACAUCAACACAUUUGAUGGGAAAGUCUUCACCUUCCAUGGCGACUGCUCCUAUGUACUGUCUCAGGGCUGUGAUGGGUUAUAUAUUGUGCUGGUGGAGAUGGUCAAGUGUGGUCUCUCUGACAGCAGGACCUGCCUCAGAAGUGUCACCAUAUCUUUAAGCAACAACACUGUGAUUAUUAAAGUCCAGGCAACUGGUGAAAUCUUUGUGAACCAGAUACUUUCUCAGCUUCCGGUAUUCACAUCGGAAGUUUCCAUAUUCAAGCCAUCAUCUUUCUACAUCCUCGUGGACACUAAGGUGGGAAUACAAGCGAUGGUCCAGAUGUUACCUGUGAUGCAGGUCUUUGUGAAAAUGCAGAGUUUCCUUAAAGCAACCACUGCCGGUUUGUGUGGGAACUUCAACAACUUAAUGGCAGAUGACUUCAAAGUGAUGAGUGGCCUGGUGGAGGGAACUUCUUAUAUUUUUGCCAAUUCAUGGAAAGCCAGUGCCAGCUGCCCUGACAUCAAGAGCCAGCUUAGGAACCCGUGUAGUCAGGGCGUCAGCAAAGAGAAGUACGCUUCAUUCUGGUGCUCCAAAAUAACAGAUCCUAAGGGAGUGUUUGCUCCGUGCCACCAUGUUAUUAGCCCAGACGUAUACAAAGCCAACUGCAUGUAUGACAGCUGUAACUGUGAUAUAAGUGAGCCGUGCAUGUGCGGUGCAGUCUCUGCCUACGUCUUUGCCUGUUCAGCUGCAGGGAUCCACCUCAAGAACUGGAGAGAAACCAUCUGUGGCAAAUACAGCAAUACGUGUCCAGGCCACACCACAUAUGACUACAGCAUGAGCUCCUGCCAUCGUACAUGCCGCUCCCUCAGCCAGACUGAUCACUCCUGCAAGAUCUCCUUCACCCCUGUCGACGGCUGCGGCUGUGCCGAAAGAACCUACAUGAACGACAAAGGCCAGUGUGUGAGCAAAGGAAAAUGUCCCUGCUUUGACAAACAGACGGUCAUUCCAGCUGGAGAGUCUAUCACCAAAAACGGCCAAACAUGUAUCUGCAGACACGGCGCCCUCAGCUGCACAGGAGAAGCAAAUGCUCCAAUAACAUGCACAGCUCCCAUGGUUUACUUCAACUGUACCGAUGCUCCUCCUGAUGCCACUGGGACUGAGUGCCAGAAGAGCUGCAGCUCUUACGAUAUGACUUGUGUCAGCACUGACUGUACACCAGGCUGCGUGUGCCCUGAAGGACUGGUGUUAGAUGGAAAAGGAGGUUGUAUCAAAGAGUCCAGCUGUCCGUGUGUGCACAAUGGACGUGUUUACCAGUCUGGACAGAGACUGACUGUAGACUGCAACACUUGUUACUGCAGUAACAGGAAAUUCGUGUGUACCACCAAAGUGUGUGAUGCUGUGUGUGCUAUCUACGGAGAUGGUCACUACCUCACCUUUGACGAUAAGAGGUUUGACUUUAAUGGACAGUGUGAAUACACACUCCUUCAGGACUACUGUGGUGGAGGUAAGAACAAUGGAACCUUCAGAAUCAUCACCAAAAAUGUUCCCUGUGGAAGCAAAGGAACCACCUGCUCCAAGACCAUCAACAUUUUCCUAGAGGAAAAUGAAUUUCAGCUGAAGGAGGAACACUUCCAUGUGCUAAAGGGCAGCAGCCAGAUUUCCCAGGUGCAUAAGAUGGGCAUCUACCUGGUGGUCAAACUCAAGGCAGGACUUGUUGUCAUGUGGGACCAGAAGACCAGUCUUUUCAUUAAACUUGGCCCACAGUUCAAGGAUAAGGUUUGUGGUUUGUGUGGAACCUAUGAUGGCAACAGUAAGACUGAUUUCACCACAAGGUCACAGGAGAUUGUCGUGGAUACUCUUGACUUUGGUAACAGCUGGAGGAUUUCAUCCAGCUGCCCCCUUGCUCAGCUGAUAGCUGAUCCCUGUACCGCCAACCCGUAUCGGGCAGCUUGGGCCCAGAAACAGUGCAGCAUCAUCACCAGCACCACAUUCCAACAUUGUCAUUCACAGGUUGACCCUGGCCCCUAUUUUGACUCGUGUGUGAGAGACUCAUGUGCCUGUGACACCGGUGGUGACUGUGAGUGCUUCUGCACUGCUGUGGCCGCCUAUGCCAAAGCUUGUAAUGACGCCAGAACAUGUAUUGUAUGGAGAACUCCAAAGCUGUGCCCUAUUUUCUGUGAUUACUAUAACCGCCCUGAUGGCUGUGAAUGGCACUACAAGCCUUGUGGUGCUGACUGUAUGAAGACGUGUCGGAAUCCAUCAGGAAACUGUUCCGAACUCAUCACAGCCUUGGAAGGCUGCUAUCCAAAAUGUCCCCCAACCCAACCCUUCUUCGAUGAAGACUCCAUGAAGUGUGUUCCAUGGCAACAAUGUGGUUGCUAUGAUAGCCAAGGUAACCAUUACAGCAUUGGACAGAGUACUCCAUCAGACAGCUGUUACACCUGCGCCUGCACCGUGUUUGGCAUAAACUGCGUCUACAAUGUCAGUGCAUGUACAUGCCUGGUUAAUGGGGAAACCUACAACUAUGGGGAAAUCAUCUACAGUACUACAGAUGGACUGGGACUCUGCAUCACAGCUGAAUGUGGGGCUGAUAAUAAGAUCAUCAGGAAUACUUUACCAUGCCCACUCACAACACAUGGGCCAACAAUGACAACAUUCAUAUUCACCACACCUGGAAUACACACAACAGGUAAGAAUAUCAAACUUUCCUUAAGUAAUCAUUGUGCAUGCUAAAAAAAAGCCUGGAUC